GUCUGGCCUGUUUACUGAAAUUGGGAGCAUCUGUUAAAAUUUGUCUUCACAAAAAAUUGUAAACUGCUGCAAGCAGUCUAUUAAGUCCCCCGCAAAAAAUUGUAAUGCGCAUUUGAUCAUACUCCAAUGUUAAUUUGCGCAAUGUAAAUGUUAAAUUGUUAUUGUUAUUAUGGUGAGUCGUACGUUUUAUCUAAAUCCUUUCGCCCUUACAUCUGUAUGCAUGUUCUUCAUACUGCUCCUUUUAUAUUUCCUAUGGUACUGACAAGGAAAUUUUGUUUAACAAUCAUGAGAUUCUUUAAAUUAAUGUUUGAUUCAGCAGUGAAGCUGAGAAACUAUAUCCCAGUCAUCGUAAGACUUUGAGGGUUAAACGAUUAACGGGUCUUCGGAUUUCCUCAUAGGAACGAAAUGGUCAGCUGACAAGCCUUCAGUUGGUUGGAAUGGCCAGAGGUGUGGCUAACGGAAUGAAGUACCUGUCAGAAUUAAAUUUCAUACAUAGGGAUCUGGCAGCUCGCAAUGUUCUUGUGGGUGAAAACAUGUUGUGUAAAGUAUCAGAUUUUGGCCUUUCAAGAGAACUGGCUGACGACGAUGAAGCACAAGCUGAAUACACGACACAAGGGGGCAAGAUUCCAGUUCGUUGGACAGCCCCAGAGGCACUUCAGCAUCGGACCUUCAGUUCAGCCAGUGAUGUUUGGAGCUUCGGCAUUCUAAUGUGGGAGAUCAUGUCAUACUGUGACAGACCUUACUGGAAUUGGGACAAUUUCGAUGUUAUCAAGCGAGUGGAAACUGGAUACAGAUUACCAGCUCCACAGAGAUGUCCGAAAAUCGUCCAUAAUUUAAUGAUCGAAUGCUGGCAUAAAGACAAAACACAACGGCCCAGUUUUUCUGACAUUGUCAAUCGUCUGGUUGAACUUAUUCGAUUCCCGGAAUUUCUAAAUGGUGAUUCAUCCUCUUUUCCAGAGAGUACUAAAGCAAGCCAUACCCCAGGAUUCCAGUCGGUGGACAAAUGGCUAAAACACAUCAACAUGGAUAAGUAUUCUGAAUUAUUCCGAGAAGCAAAAAUUGAUGAUAUGGACAAUGUUACUGAACUGAAUGGCAAACAACUGAGAGGAAUGGUAUCAGCUUGAUUGGGCAUCGAAAUAAAAUGCAAAAGAGUAUCAAUGCUAUGAAAUCACAACGUUACAACAAGGGCAUGGAUACAGAUUAGAUGCCCUGAUGAAAUCA